AUGCGUGCAAGAUCCAAACGAGUUCUGAAGGAAAGCAAAAAAGAAUCAUGGAAAAAAUUUGUAAACAGCAUAACUUCAGAUACCCCUCCCGCCCAAAUGUGGACCAAAAUCAAACAAAUGAGAGGACUAAACACAUAUCGAAAAAUACCCGCAAUAACAGACGGAGAUAACAUCAUUACAAAUGAUAACCAAAUAACAGAAACUCUAGCCAAAUACUUUCAAAACAAAACUAAGUCUGAACUCUCCGUUCCGUACCCCACAAACCACUCGCCACCUAUCCCUAUCCAAACCAAUCCAAUAAACCUUGCCUUCACAGAAGAAGAGCUAAAUUUGGCAAUAUCAUCAAUGAAAAACUCUUCUGCAGGUGGCAGCUACGGGGAAGGCCCCGUAGUUCCCGGCGAUAGAGGUGACCUCCACGGCCUGCUACCCGAGCUCAAUGGCGUUGAGCUGGCUAUGAGCUUGAGCCCAAAGCAUCUCCAAGGUCCACAGGUUCUCAGUCACUUGCAACAGCUCCACCACUCUACUCCUUUCAGCGUUACGGACAUUCUAAGCCCCAUAGAAGAAUCAUAUCGAAAACUGGAAUUGUCUACGAAUCCUCCUUCACCCUAUAGAUCAACUUCAAGCGGUAGCAGUAUAAACUCUCCUGGGAUCAGUGGUUCCGGUGGUAACGGCUGCAGUAUGAACGGCAGUUAUCCAGUAAUGGGCCAAUUCGGCGGGGGCCAGUACUGCCCUGUCUCUGAAAACUUAGGUCUUACUCCCCAUUACUCUUCUGGAUGGUAUCAAACCUCAGCGGCAGACCCUAGAUUUGCAAUUUCCAGAUUGAUGGGCAGCACGGCAACAGCAGCGAACAUGGGUCACGGCCUAAACAGCGGCAUGCCCGGGCUAGGCGCGUGCGCAGUCUCCGAUUCCAAGCCCAUGCAGUUUCCGUUGGCGCAACGUCGGAAAAGGCGGGUCCUCUUCACGCAGGCACAGGUGUACGAAUUGGAGAGGCGGUUCAAGCAACAAAAAUACCUAUCAGCACCGGAAAGAGAGCAUCUAGCAUCCUUAAUACACUUAACACCAACUCAAGUGAAAAUUUGGUUCCAGAACCACAGGUACAAGUGCAAGCGACAAGCCAAAGAAAAGGCGAUGGCUGAACAAAACCAGCACAACCAGUCUUCAAGUUCACCACGACGAGUAGCAGUUCCAGUUCUAGUCAAAGACGGUAAACCAUGUUCAGGUGGUGGUAACAACACGAAUCAAACAGCCACCUCGAGCGCCUCAUCUGACACAUCGCGAACGCAACAAUCACCCGCUUGCCAACCGCCCCAACAACAGACGCAGUGUAUGGCUAACAGCGGGCUUGCAAUGGCCUAUCGGCAGCAGGGGAACUACCAGCAGCAAUGCGCAGGCUACCUGCCACUGCAGACGCGGGCUUGGUAGUACGAAAUGGAAAACUUUUGCUAUGAACAAUACGGAUUGGUGUACUGCGGAGAUGUGUAAAGUUAGAAUUUAUAUGUGCAGUAAGGUAAUCCUCACAUUGUAUAGUUUUUAUAAGCUUCUUUGAAAAAAAAAAUACAGACUUAUAUUGCAAAGCUGUUAAGUAUCAAUUUGUAUUUAUUUAUUCAUUCUAAUUAAGCGCGUAGGCGCAAAAUUUCGCGCCAAUGUGUUUUAAAUGCAUUUAUUUUUUUGUAAAGUAGUUGCAAGUAUUUUUGAAAAAUUUUAACGCAAAAUGAAAGGUUACAUUAUUACCGAGGGCCGAAAGUCCCUUAGAAUAACCACAAACUUUUUUUUGAAUGAGAUAUUUGAAAUUAAAAAUCACAAUAAAUUUUCUCUUUUUGUUCACCCCUGUAACUUAUUAAAAUAAACAUUAUAUAAGUUUUCAGGGAUUUUCUAAAUUGUAAAAUUAAUAUGGUAUAACUAUAGACCCAAACCCAGACAUCCAAAGUGAAAGUUA